AUGUCCGGUGCAAGGCAUUGGGAACAGGACAAGGACUCGACCAUCUACAUUGGCAACCUCGACGAACGUGUUACAGAUGCUCUAGUCUGGGAACUCUUUUUGCAAGCUGGGCGCAUUGCUAAUGUCCACUUGCCCAAGGACAGAGUCACCCAAUCGCAUCAAGGCUAUGGCUUUGUGGAAUUUAACUCAGAAGAAGAUGCAGAGUACGCCGCACGAAUCAUGAAUCAAGUGAGACUGUACGGCAAACCUAUCCGAGUCAACAAAGCAAGUGCCGACAAACAAAAGUCGGUCGAAGUCGGUGCAGAGUUGUUUGUUGGCAACUUGGAUUCUAUGGUCGACGAGAGAAUGCUGUACGACACCUUUGGCCGAUUUGGCACUCUGGUAGCUGCCCCGAAGAUCGCUCGUGAUGAGAACAACCUAUCCAAAGGCUAUGGUUUUGUCUCAUUUGCCAACUUCGAGUCUUCAGACGAUGCUAUUGCCAACAUGAACGGCCAAUACCUCAUGAACAAGGAGGUUUCUGUGCAGUACGCCUACAAGAAGGAUGGCAAGGGCGAACGACACGGGGACCAGGCCGAGAGGAUGCUUGCUGCUCAGGCAAAGGCUCAUGGCGUUCAACCGACUCCUGCUACAAUUCCUAUGGGUGGACCAGUCUUUGGUGGCAUGCCUCAAACUCCUGUACCUCCUGCUGGUUUCGGUCCCCCGAAUGGAAACUAUCAAGCCGUGCCUCCUCCCGCGCAAGCACGGCCACCCCCUCCACCUAGCGCACCACUAGCAGCUCCACCAAGUGGCCUUCCGGCCAGACCACCUCCAAGCCAGGCUGGUUAUGGCGGACCGCAAGGCUUCAUGCCACCAGGAUUCAAUCAAGUACCUGCCGGUUUUCCACAACCAAAUGUUUUGCCAGCUGGGUUUGCUCCUCCUCCAGGAUUCGGUGGUCCACAGGCUGGUACCAUCCCGUCGGCGCCGGUCGUGCCCCCUGGCGGGUUCUCUGGGUACGGUAUUCGUAAAUAG